AUCCACAAAAUGUGAGCCCUGAAGGCUGAAGCACCGGCCGGUAGCAGUGAGGAAGGAGAAAAUCUGACGAGCUCAGCUAUGGGCACCACCGCCGGGGAGCCUCCGGCGGUCCACCCGGCCGUGCUUUUCAUCCGCCGCCCGGGCGCGCCCUUCUCCAACGCGAUGCACCAGCGCUUCCGCGUCCUGGACUCGGUGGCCUCUGGUGAGCCGCUCGCCGCUUUCCUCGCCGCCGCCGCAGCCAAGCCCGACCCGCCUCGCGCCGCGGUCAUCAUGGGAGGCGGCGUCGUCCGUGCGGACGCCUCGUUCCUCGACGCCGUCCUCUCCAUCCGCUGCCUCGUCAGCACGGCCGCGGGCGUCGACCACAUCGACCUUGCCGAGUGCGCGCGCCGCGGCGUCGCCGUCGCCAACUCCGGGACCGUCUACUCCGCCGACGUCGCCGACCACGCCGUUGGCAUGCUCGUCGACGUGAUCCGGCGCGUGUCGGCGGCAGAGCGAUUCGUCCGGCGUGGUCUCUGGCCGGUGCAGGGGGACUACGCUCUCGGAUCCACGCUGCGUGGCAAGCGCGUUGGAAUCAUCGGCUUGGGGAACAUUGGAUCACUGAUCGCAAAGAGGCUUGAAGCCUUUGGCUGUGUCAUCCACUACAACUCCAGAGGACCCAAGGAUUCAGUGGCUUACAAGUACUUUCCUGAUGUCCAUGAUCUUGCCUCUGAAUCAGAAGUGCUUGUUGUUGCAUGCGCACUGAACAAGGAGACACGCCACGUUGUCAGCAAGGAUGUUUUGGAGGCCCUAGGAACGGAUGGGAUUGUCAUAAACAUUGGUCGAGGAGCAAGCAUCGACGAGGCGGAGCUGGUCAUAGCUCUGAAAGAGGGAAGGAUUGCAGGAGCUGGCCUUGAUGUCUUCGAGAAUGAACCCGCGGUGCCAUCUGAUCUCCUGUCCAUGGACAAUGUUGUUCUGACGCCCCAUUCAGCGGUUUUCACAUUGGAGUCGAGGUCAGACCUGUGUGAGCACUUGAUAUGCAACCUUGAAGCUUUCUUCUCCGGUAAGCCGUUGCUCACGCCGGUCCUUCCCUGACAAAGCAAGUCAUAUCGCAGGUCAGUCGAUCAGUCCAACCAAUCGCAGGUUGAAAUGCUUCAUUUUUUCACAAUAUUUUUGCUCACAGGUAGAUGCAUGUUUACGGGCCUUUUAGUCAAUAUUUACGCUGUUCCAAAGUGUACUGUUUGUACUCUGAAAAUAAAUAUUUUCAGUUACUGUAAAAAAAUUAAGCGUACAAAAUGGUUCCUUAUAAGAUGAAAGGGAUUAGCAUGCUAAAAAGCUGGAUAGUAGUACAACCUUGUUCCACUGCAUCUAAAAGGCGUAUCACUGCUUAACUUGAGGGGCUUCUCUCCAAGACCUUGUCUCAUCAAGAUGUUCUGUAAAAGAUCCCUCUAUUCAUAGUACCAACGCUAAAGCCAUUUUCGUGUCUUCGGCCCAUGCAUCAAAAGCCAUCCACAGCACUGAAUUCAAAAGAGCAUGUAUGCACGACAAUUUAAUUAAUAUGAUCUGAUAUUUUGAGUACUUGAUGGCCGUGAGAAUUGAGUUCUUCACCUACAUUUCGAUGGGGUUCACAAAUUUUGGAUGGCAUGCAAUCUAAUUCCGGAAUAUAUCAGCACUGCAGCUGUAGUUCCUUGCUCUUUGACAUGCCUUAUGUUAAUUUGUUCAUGAUUUAUAUGUGAUCUAUGAUAGAAUAUGAAUGCUAUCAUUUUCUCAAAGAAUAAUUAAUUGAGAAAAGUGUUGUGAUACCCUUCCUCAAUGUUUUCCUAGUGAAUGCAACACAUAUGAACAUUUGGAGAACGGUGUUUGAAUGCUCGGCAGGAAUUUUGUAAGAAUCCAAAGAGAUAAAGGAAAUUUUGUCGGAAUGUACAUGCAAGAAACAGAGGAAAUUUUUAGGAAUGUCUUUGCAAGAAGCAGAGGAAAUUUUGUGAACAUCUCAUGUUAAAGUUCCAGUAGUGGCAGUCUACUAUGAUGCGAGUUUGAAUUUUUAGGUUGCUCAACUGAUGAUAAUAUUUACAUCACCUGAUGCCCAUCUCAUCUAUUUUCACGCAACGUGAAGUAGAAGAAUGUUUGAUGCA